CCGUGACAGCGUCCCAUAGACUACUACAGUGCUUCCUAUAAUUUGCUGGCAACUGGGACCAGCGUGCCAUCGGAAUAUCUCAAAUCGAACUACUCGCACUCAAAGCGGAGUCCUUUCAUCGCCGAGUAGGAGAAAGAGGAAUUCGUUGUCCAAUUGACUCGGGUUUCCUUUUUUUUUGGUUUUUUCGCUGUGCGUGCGAUCUUGUCUUCGUUUGUGUUGUGUGUGUUGUGUCGUGUGUGUCCUGUGUCUGUGCCCUUCCGUGCGUGUAUGUUUGUCUGCGCGGGCGCGCGCCUCUCUGUCUGUGUGUGUGAGAGAGAGAGAGAGAGAGAGAGAGAGAGAGAGAGAGAGAGAGAGAGAGAGAUACCGAAUCGGGGGACGCGAUAGUUCAUCUGUUCGGGAAAUUUCGAGGAGUAGCCGACCACAGGUGUUGUUGGGGGAUCCCGCGGCGGGACCUGUUAACGGGCGAAAGGGGCAAGGAAAGGCGGAAAGGGAAGGAGGAAAGGGGAACGGGGGAAGGGGAAGGGCUGGAGAAAAGUGGGCAAAGGAGCAAUCAAUGGAGAAGGCGGAUAUGGCAGAGACAGGGGAGAAGGCGGAGAAGAGCGGAAAGGGUGAAGAUACCGAGACAUCGAGGUCAGGAAGUGCGCAUCUUACUUCGGCGGCCGCGUUUGUAGAGGCUGGGGUUCAGGAUCCCUGUGAAGAUGCCUGCAGUAUAUGUCUCGAAGCAUUUUCAGAUGACGAGCCCGGCACAAUUACGAACUGCAAUCAUGAAUAUCACCUACAGUGCAUCCUGGAAUGGGCACAAAGGAGCAAGGAAUGCCCAUUGUGCUGGCAGCCACUGUCGCUGAAGGAUCCGUCAAGUCAGGAAUUGCUGUUGGCAGUGGAGUCAGAGCGUGCGUUAGCAAGAGGGCGCGUGCAAGCCCCGUCGGUUUUCCCCAGAGCGUUUGAUAUCGAGUAUCCAUUCCCUGGUGGAUAUGCAGAUGAUGCUGAUCUGGAGCGGCGCAUUAUGCAUCAUCUUGCAGCUGCUGCUGCAGGCAUGUCACGAGCUAGAUUUGUGGCAAGCCGAAGGGAGAUCCUAAGAGGAAAUGGCACCCCAAGCAACACACAUUCAGGUUUGAGCAGUGGUAAUACGAGCAGCAGCAGCAGCAUUAGCAGUAAUGGCAGUGGGGGAGGGGGUAGCAGCAACAACUCGCAGCCGUCAUCACUUGUGGUUGGUGCAAGUGGUGCGUUUGGCUCAAUGAGUGAGGGAGUGAGCAGGGUUUUUGGAUUGGCUUCAGGUAGCUCGCAUAGCCCUGCGGGAAGCAACAGUGCCGGGAGUUCUCCAAAUCAAACAAUACAUGCUCCUGUGACUGGGACUGCCAGACCUAAUUUGCGAUCAGGGACAGAUGUGGGCAACUCUGUGAAUGCCACUGCUGCUGCAGGAGGUGGCGCUGGUGGAGGUGGUUUGUUGUCGGUAGGGAGCAGCCUUGUUGAUGUUUUUCCCAGGCUGCGGAGUGCUGCGGAACAGCAGGGCCAAACCGCCAACGGAAAUCAGCAAUCGAAUGGCCACCCUCACCACCACCACCAGUCCCACCACCGUAACCACCACUCCCAUCGAACCAUUGACACCAAUGAGGACCGACGUCCUCAAAACCACAACCACCACCACUCUCAGCGCCAUCAACAACAGGUGCUUCAAACUCAACUGCAGCAACAGACACAGCCUCGGCAAACUUCGCCCCCUCCUCAGUCGUCUAGUUCCCAGUGGGAUUUCCAUGAGUUUUCAUCUUUUUCAGAAGCGUUCAAGUCGAAAUGGGCGGCCGCUUCAAGCAGGUGCAGAGAUCUGACAAAGAUGACACGUGGAUUUCGGGAGAAGCUGCGUGUUCGGAAUGGGGCAAUGUCUGACCUGGGUGUUCGGGCAAGGGAGAUGGGUGUGAAUAUGGUUCGUGCUCUUGAACGAAUGGGGGCAGACGAAGGCCAGAGAUCAGCAGGUUCAAGUGGUGAGGGCGCAGCAAGUAGCAGUGGCAGUUCUGGAACGAGUGCGCGAACGAGGGGUGCGUUGUCUUCCAGCAGCAACAACGGGCGUCUUAGCUUCGAAGCUGUGACAACAAAUGCAGCAAGAAGGGUUGUACCAACCCUUACGGUCUGUGGUAAUGACGAGGUAGUUUGCCGAGCAGUGCCAGUGGUGGGCGAGGUGCCAGGUGUGGGCAGUGGUGGACGGGCCAGCAGCAGCAGCAUUCCAGGGGGCAGCGGCAGCAGUGGUACAGGAGCUAGCAGCAGCGGUGCAGGGGCCAGCAGCAGCAGCAGCAGCCUGCCAACCGCUGCUGUUGCUGCUGCUGCUGCUGUCCCUGGCACCACGCACAACGCUUUCUCCGAACGUGAGGAACGUACCCCUGACCCACUGGUUGACAGCGAUAGCGGGGGCAUCGUGUCGCACGAGACACCAGAGAGCAACAAUCAGGUGCACAGGGGGGAGUGCGCAGGAACAUCAGCCAUUGUCAGUUGUGAUACCGAGAGCAACGCGAGCAUGCCGUCAACGAGGAACGUGAGUGCAGAUGGUGAUGGGGAUAUGACUGGGGAUUCAAAGACAGGUAAACGACCCUCCACACAGGCGUUUAUGAGUGGCUUCUGCUUCUGCUGUGGCUGUUGUUGAAAGUGCUUUCGGAAGUCCCAGCAUGCGGCAAAGUGAGAGCGAAGGGAGUUGUUCUUGCUGCUGGUGACACAAUGGUGUGCGCUGAUGUGUCCGUGACCGAGGGAGAAAUGAGGAAACGCAUAUACGUGUGAAGCGAAGUGUUGUCAUCUCUUGUUAUGGCACCCACCUAAAUAGUUCGUAGUUGCAGAAUCUGUUUGCGACACCGUCGUUUCGUCUGGGAAGAUGGUUACUGGAAGCCCUGCAUUCAUCUGCAGGAGUGUAAGUUGGCUGCUUGAAUUUUCUGCUGAAUAAAAGAAACACGCAGGAGUUGGUUGUGCAUAAUAUUAGAUAAGGGAUGGGGGAUGUGAUACACUACGUAAACCAAGGAACGGAGCCGGACUUUGUUGUUGUGCAUAUAAUUUGUGUGUGGAAUCUAUGGAUUCAAAUGAUUCUGUGGCCUCUGUUUGUGACGUACAAGCCUCUGUCUGUGCGUGUGCAUGCGUGUGUGUGUGUGUGUGUGUGUGUGUGUGUGUGUGUGUGUGUGUGAGAGAGAGAGAGAGAGAGAGAGAGAGAGAGAGAGAGACAGAGGCAAGUAGGAAGGGCACGUGUGUAGCAAAACCGUAGGGCCUUUGGAGAGAGAGAGAGAGAGAGAGAGAGAGAGAGAGAGAGAGAGAGAGAGAGAGAGAGAGAGGAAGAAGCAGUGGAGCCGUGGAGGAAGGGCACCUGUGUAGGGAAACCAUAGGGCCUUGGGAUUCGAUGACAGGAUGAGCAGAGGGGGAGGCAUCCGGGUUGGCAGACCCCUUAUCUGUUUAGAAGAGAGUGAGGCAUUCGGAUGUCAUACGUGGUAUAUACUGAAUGGAACGUGAACUCUCAGGGAUGGGGAAGAAUGUGUCUGCUGCUGGGUGUCAAAAUACCAUGUAUGACGGGGUGUUGUGUGAGGGUGGCGUUGUUUUUGGUAAUUUUCUGGAAUUUCGCAAUGAAAUAGUAGUGCGACUCAAUGAAAUAGUCAUAGUGCGACUUUUGUCGCGUGGUACAUCUGAGCCCUAUUGAGGUCUGCUCUGGAAUGUUAAACCCAGGGGAGCUAUCCGUGCACCCAUCAGCGCUAGGAUCAGGCGGCGAACAGGAGAGCAGUGGAGAUUGUCUGAGACGGGAAAUGUCCAUACCGCGUCCUGUGGUGGUGGUGUGUGUGUGUGUGUGUGUGUGUGUUUGUGUGUGUAAGAGAGAGAGAGAGAGAGAGAGAGAGAGAGAGAGAGAGAUGCUUUCUGUUUCACGUUGCAGCACUUCUUACACGGUGAUGCACUACAGGAUGAUGCUCUGGAAAGAAAGAAUAACGGGAAGUGUGGACUUAGUGGAGUUUGUGGGGGCCUGUUCCUGCUUGGGAAACAGUCCACUACAGGAUGAUGCUCUGGAAAGAAAGAAUAACGGAAAGUGUGGACUUAGUGGAGUUUGUGGGGGGCUGUUCCUGCUUGGGAAACGGUCCGCGGCGCAUUGAACUGUGACGAAGUUGACCUUGUAAUCUCUCUCAAGCGUGGCGUACUGCCAUCAGGAUGACUUGGCAGCUCCGCUGAUUUUGCCAGUUUGUCCGUCCGCGUACACAGUGAUCUGAUCUAUGCAUUGCUAUAGCCAACAUGCUCAUACAACUGCAGGCAAGGGCAGGAGGAGGUGGUUGAGAAGGGUUAUUGCCUCCUCCCAGUAGGACUCUGAGGGGAGUUGUUGGCGAGGGUAAUCGGGGUUGCUCCCGCCUGUUCAUAGCAUAGCUUGGAAUCCAGCUGAGAAGCAGCACACGUGUGACUGCCCUCAUUUGCUAUAUGUGUAACUGUCUAUAUGGUUCUCAAAGCAUGCCUAGGUGUGCUAAAUCUUUAACCUUCCUGAAGGGGGUGUUGGGGGAAACCGCCCACUGUGACCUUGUCCUAUGGCAAGAGUGGUAUGAGGACACUUAUCUGGGCAUUGGAGGUGGGCAUUUGGUGAAGUUUUCCCAGAGUGUCGGGUGAAAUCGAUUGUACUUAAGAGACAGAGGUACGGCUAGUCGUCGCUGUUGUCAUCUAGACAGCAAGUGGUGUUAUUAUGCAAUUAUUACACACGAGUUAGUAUGGGAGUGGCGCACGAUUAUGUUCUGAGCCUUUUCUUCUCUGCAGUCUCUGUGCUGCUGCGAAAUCAUAUCCGCUCUGGUUACAAUGGGUUUGGCGAUGUACAGAGUUAACUGCCAGCUAACCAUGGUAAGGAGAGUGCGAUUGUGGGCUUUUCUUUGGUUGGUCCUUUAUUUUACGUGGUACCGGAAUUCGGGGUGUGGUGGUUUGAGGAGCAACGACGCCUCUCUUGGCGGCAGAAAACACCCUCUUUGCAGCUGGUUUGCUGGCUUUCAUGUAAUGAUUCUGGUGUGGCAGGAUCCCAGUUGCUGGAUUUCUUGUCCUGUGCUCAGAGGAGCAACUUGCUCUCACUGCCAACGGACAUCCUGAUUGGAGAAUCAUCUGCUUUUUUUUUGGUUGGGGGGGGGGGGUAGAAUCAUCUCUAAGAAGUCAUGUGCUGUUGAAAUCU